CUCAUCCACGCGGCCGCAUCCCGAGCUGCACGCACGCUGCACCACUCCCGUAGCAGCGCACCGCCGCCGUCAGCUGUCAGCCCUGACGGCCCAGCGUGCCGCGAUGCCGCCGCGGCGUGGCGCCCGCCGCUUUCCCACGCCGCCCACGCCCGACGAGGUGCUCUCCAUCCACGAGCUCUCCGACGACUCGGUCGCCGAGGCACCGGCACCGGCGCGCCCAGCACGAGGAAAGGCGGCCGCAGUCAAGUCGCGCGGUGGCAAGGCAGGCGGCAGCACCUCGGCUCGCAAGCCGCGCUCGCGCAAGCCGCCGCAGCCGGCCAUCGAGCUCUCCGACUCGGCCGACGAGGCGUCCGAUGGCGAGGAGAUGGACAUGGACGAGGUGGAUGUGAGCGCUGCGGGCCCAAGCGGCGCUGUAGCUGAGCCAGAGGAAGAGGAGAUGGAGAUGGAGAUGGAGGAGGUGCCGCUGGACGGCGGCGAGGGCGAGGCCGACUACUCGGCGGCGUACGCGGUCGCCGAGGCAGCGCGCCAGCCUGAGAACGGUGAUGGUGCCGCAGCUACGCCGGCCAUCUUCCACGAUGGCAAGGGUCAGGCGGCUGGCGUCAUCUCGCUCAACCUCGGCGGCGGCAGCGCGGCGGCGGGCGGCAGCAAGGCGAAGCGGGCACAGAACGAGAACCGCCUCACGCCGCGUGACCGCGCCGUGCGGCUGGCGAGCCAUAAGCUCGGCACGCUGGCGAUGCUGGCGCACGCCAAGGUGCGCAACUCCUGGGCGAACGACGAUCCGCUCAAGGACGCGCUGUACGACAGUGUCCCGCAGGCACUGCGCACCAAGCUCAAGCUUAUCCAUCCCAAGCGCGUCGCCAACGUGCGCGAGCGAGUGCGCAUGUUUGAGGCCUUCAUGCGUGACCUCGUCGUCUGGUGGGCGCACCGCCGCUUCCGCCUUGAGCCGAACAUGACCGCCACGGCAGCACUGCGCCAGCCGAACCCCGACGCGCUCGCCGGCGCGUUUCCGCCGCCUGGCGGCCGUGUCGACGGCUGGGUCGUCGAGAGUGCAGCGGAGCGAGACGAGCGCUGGCGGCAGGAGCGCGCACAGCGCCAGGCGCACGCUCGCGAGCUCGCCGCUCGCAGCAAGGAAGGCGGCGCGAGUCGUGGCAAGGGCAAGGAGAAGGCUAUCGACGUCGAUGCCGCGCCCAAGGCGCCGCGCCAGGCGUGCCCAGACAUUACGCUCUUCGGGCCCGGCGCCAACAGCGUGACGCCGACGUACCUGCACCUGGCACCUUCGCUCGAGCUCAUUAUCUCUCCCGAGAGCCUGCUCGAGCGGCACGAGGCGCGCAACGGCUCGCGCGAGACGUCUGCGCAGCUCUUCUGCAGCAUGUGUCGCGCCUUGGGCAUUCCGGCGCGCCUUGUCAUCAGCGUGCAGGUGGCGCCGUGGAGCAUCGGCGCAGCAAAAGUCGCCACCACCACCGGCGCCAUCGAGAAGAAGCCCAAGCGCAGCGCGACGGGCACGGCGAAGCUGCCAAAGGCCAAGCAGAUUCAGGAGAACCGCAAGCCGGAGGGAGAGUACACGAGCGACGAGGAUGAGUGGGAGCUCGGAGACGGCAGCGUCGCAGGCUCAGCGAAGAGUCCUGCAGUCACGCCAGUCAAGGCGCGCACAGGCCGCCAAGCCAAGGGCAAGGCUGCGAAUGGCACAGCCAGUCGGCCGGCCAGCAUCGCAGGCACCGCGAGCGGCACCGAGUCACUGGCGCACCGCAGCGACGUCGAGCUCUCUGUCAAGAGCAAGCGCUCCGUCGCGCGCAGCAGCGUCGCCGGCUCUGCGGCUGCAUCGCCCGCUCAACCGAGCAAGACGCGCAAGCCCGCCACCUCGGCGGCCAAGGGCCAGCGCAGCCGCUCGAGCAGUCUCAGCAGCGCCGAUGGCGACGCCUCGACGUCCGUCGCCGGAGACGCCAGCAAGGGCAAGGCGAAGGACCAGGCAGCGGACGAAGAAGACCCUCGCGCACGCUGGGCCAACGGCCCGAUCGAGGUCGAGCAUGUGCCGCGCUUGCGCCGCGCCCGCCCCAAGAAGCUCAAGGCCACCGAGCUCGAGGCCGACGCCGUGUCGGACGUCGAGGUCGUCGACACCGAGGCGCCGCCGACGAUGUGGGUCGAGGUCUUCUCGAAGCCGUGGCAGAAGUGGCUCACCGUCGACCCGGUGCGCGGCCGCCUCGAGCCGGCGGGCAACCGGCACAUGGAGCCGGCGCCGAGCGACCGCACGAACCGCCUCGUCUAUGUCGUCGCUUUCGAGGAGGACGGCUUCGCGCGGGACGUCACGGCGCGCUACACAAAGACGCUGCACUCGCGCGUCAGCCGCAUGCGCCCGCCGCCGAUCGGCAAGGGCGCCAAGAAGGACGCCUGGUGGGCCUCGGUCAUCGCGGCGCUGCACCGUCCGCAGCAUCUGGACCGCGACGCGGCGGAGGACGUCGAGCUGGAAGAGGCGGCCGGCAAAGAGCCGAUGCCCUCCAGCGUCGGCGGCUUCAAGGACCAUCCAGUCUUUGCCAUCGAGAAGCACCUCAAGCGCGACGAGGUCAUCCACCCGCUGCACCAGAUCGGCACGUUCCAGGGCAUCAAGGUGUACCCGCGCGGCAACGUCGUCUCGUGCCGCAGCGCGCGCCAGUGGUACAACGAGGGCCGCGUCGUGUCCGAUGGGCAGGAGGCGCUCAAGUGGGUCAAGAGCCGCGGCUACACGCUCGCCAACAAGCGCGCCGAGGAGCAGGCGCGUGCCGAGGGCGGCGAGUCGCCCAUGGAGGGCCUCUACGCCGAAAACCAGACGGAGCUAUACCAGGCGCCGCCCGUCGUCGAUGGCGAGGUGCCCAAGAACUCCUUUGGCAACAUCGAUCUCUUCGUCCCGACGAUGCUGCCCGCCGGCGCUGCGCACAUCCCGUACAACGGCGCCGGCAAGGUGGCCAAGAAGCUGGGCAUCAGCUAUGCCGAGGCGAUCACUGGCUUCGAAUUCCGCAAGUUCCGCAGCAUGCCGCGCCUGACGGGCAUCGUCGUGCCCGAGGAGUACGAGGACCUCGUCGCUGAGGCGUACUGGGAGUCGGAGCAUGCCGCAGCGGAGAAAGAGUUCAACAAGCGCCAGGAGCGCGCGAUGAAGAACUGGAAGAAGAUGCUCAAUGCGCUGCGCAUCGCUCAGCGCGUCAAGGAGCAGUACGGCGCCGACUCGGAGCACGCACAGGCGACCUCGGCGCCUAAGCAGGCGAAGCGCGGCGCCGCUCAGCCAGCUGUCGCCGACGAGGUCAGCAAGCUGCGCGCACUCGAGGAGGAUACGCAGGCGAUGGAAGAGGCCAGUGGCGCCGACCUCACCGCGUCGGUCGGCGCAAGCGACGCCGACGAGUCGAUGGACCUCGACGCGGCGGAAGCCGAGGCGCCAAAGCGCGGCAAGAUCGUCUCGCUCGCGGCGUUAGCCUCCAAGCGCGGAGAGCAAGAGCAGGCCACUUCCACUCGCGGCCGUGCUGCAGCGCGUAAGAGAGCACGCUCGCCCUCCUCGAGCGCGGACGAGGCGCCUGCCGCGCCUGCUGCGCCCCAGCCCAGCUCGUCGCGCCUGCGCAUCCGUCUGCCGGCCUCGAUGCACACACUGCGCCGCCCCGAAAGCCCGAGCCAGGCCACCGAGACCUCGCAGGCCGCUGCUGCUCCGCCGCCGGCGAAGAAGCAGGCCACGCGCGCGCGCCGAAGCGCCGCCGCCACUCCGGCCGCCGAGGCAUCGUCGACGCCUGUGCGCCGCAGCGGACGCACAGCCCGCAAGGUCAACGAGCGCGCCUACGAGGAGGCUCUGGGCAGCAGCGACGACGACUCCGACGCCGACGCCGACGACCUGCUCUGAGCGAGACACACACACAUACCGCCACGUCACCGACCGUCGCCUGCGAUACCAGCCAUAGCAUGUUGUCGAGACUGAGAUUGCGUGGACGAGGCGAGGCCGACAGCGAGGGUAUGAUGAUACGUGAGAGAAGCGUCAGGUGGAGUCGUAAGGAGCGAGGAGUCGCGAGAGGCGGCGCCGGUCACGAGAUGAAGACCUUGCGCGCGGAC